CCAUGGACUGAUCAAUAAGCGACGCCGUCCAAAAUGUUGCCAGGACGGCGGUGCCGCAUUUCCCAUUCGUUGUGCGUGCGAAGCCAAAUUCAAAUAGGCGGACCCGCAAGAGUUGAGAUGACGAAUCGAAAGCCGCAUCAAGAAUCAGUAACCGGAUGCAUACUGGUCCCCGCCACGCUUAUUGGCUGAACGAAGCUGCGAGGAUCAGAUAUAUCGAACUCACAUUCC